AUGCUCAGUUGCCAAGAUUCUUUACCAUUUUGCAAAAAUCGGUUCGAGCUCUACGGAUGCGAUUUUCUAUUGGACGAAGAGUACACGCCAUGGUUAAUAGAAAUCAACUCCUGUCCUGAUCUUACCAACACUACUGAAGUUACUGCCAAGAUUUGUCCAGCAGUCGUUGAUGAUAUUAUUAAAGUUGUUAUAGACUCCAUGGGAGAUCCGAAGGCCUCAACGGGGAAAUUUGAGUGUAUCUAUCAACAACCAAUGACAGUACCGAAAUUUAGCAGCUCUACUGAACUAUCCGUACGCGGAAUACCGCUCUCUAAUGAUUAUUUCUACAAAGGAACUUUGCCAAUAAAUCAGUUAAGGCCGGAAUUAGGGGAGAGCAACCGGGGCAACAGCCCCGGGGCCUCCACAAACGAGGGCUCCCACAAUAAAGACUUCGGAAAAAUAAAUCAAAUUCAGACUAGUAAACAACAG